AUGGCGUCCACGGGAUUCAGCAGUGAACUGGAACAAGGCGGCCACAGGAGCUGGGAGAACCUGAAGAAAGCAGAAGGACUCAAGGGACGCGCGAACACUGUGCAGAACAUGAACUACCAGAGCGAAGAGCAGAAGCUUUUGUAUCAAGAACUUCCGUUUCGGGUCCUGCCGGGCAUGCGCCGUCGAUCGUUCCGUAGUGAGCGCGAGUUCCCUCAACUUCGAACGCGCGGUUCCUGGGCCAAUCUAUCGCGACUUAUCAAGAAGCAUGGCGAGAUUCAACCGCUUCUCGAAGAAGAGCAAGACGAUAGUCUCGAGCCAGGCUACACGUACCCGUUGCUCCAGUCGUGUGUCGUAGCCGUUCUCAAUGCGUUCCAGUACGGUUACAACACAGCAGUCACGGGCGCCAUGAAUGCCACCGUCGUGUUUCCUGGCCACUCCAACAUGCUCUGGGCACUCUGCGUGUCGAGUUUUGCCGUCGGUGGACCGAUUGGAUCUGCCAUUGGAGGACAGCUGAGCGCCACGCUGGGUCGCAAGCAGACAAUGUUUGCCAACUCGUGCCUCUUUGUGUUCUCGGGGCUUGUCAUGGCGUUUGCUGCCAACAUGUACAUGUUGAUUCUUGGCCGCUUUCUUGUGGGUAUUGCGUCGGGUGCAGCGACUAUUCUUGUACCGCUCUAUCUUGGCGAACUCGCGCCGCCAAAUCUUCGUGGAGCUUUGGGGACCACCUACCAAGUUGCAAUGGUGCUCGGUAUCCUCGUGACGGAUCUCCUGGCAUUUGGCUUUGCUGGAGAGAGUGACGGCUUGGCACGCCCUGGAUGGCGUCUGAUGUUUGGCUUUACGGGAAUUCUUGGACUUUUGCAGCUCGCGCUUGCUCCGCUACUGAUUGAAAGUCCACGGUGGCUACUCAACAAUGGCAAUCCAAAGGAUGCAGAGGGGACGUUGCGUACUCUGCGUCAGUCGGACGACGUGGUGGAAGAAAUGGACAGCAUUUCGGCUGCAAACGCGAGCGAGUCGGGCAAUGUCCAGAGCAUUGGCGAUGUUCUGCGUGACCCGAGUAUUCGCCUACCUCUCCUCGUUGCUGUCGUCUUGCAGUUUGGCCAGCAGCUGAGUGGCAUCAGCGCAGUCAUGUUCUACGCGAGCUCGUUUUUUCAGAGCGCGGGGCUGGAGAAUCCACUGAUUGGCAUCACGCUCGUGUACAUUGUGAAUGUGCUGGCGACGAUAGUUGCCCUGAUGCUGAUGGACUCGGCUGGCCGUCGACCGCUCCUGAUUUGGUCAAUGGUUGGCAUGCUCGUGUCGACUGUGGUUUUGACCGUCGGGCUUUCGAAUCUGCUGCCCUUGUCGAGUAUCUUCAGUGUCGGCGGUGUCAUGAGCUUUGUGUGGUUCUUCGAGAUUGGCCUUGGUCCCAUCCCGUGGCUGAUUGCAGCCGAGAUGUUCCCACCCAAGUCACGUACAUCAGCGACGUCCAUUGCUACGAUGGUCAAUUGGUUGGGCCUUUUCAUCAUUGGCAUUGUGUUUCCAACCAUGCAAAGCGCGCUGGGUAACUUUAUCUACGUCCCCUUUGCCAUAAUGCUGUCCCUCACGUUGGCCUUCUCCAUCAAGUUUGUACCCGAGACGAAAGGCAAGACGCUGGAUGAGGUUCAAGAAGAAAUCAACCGGCACUAG